AUGAUGUUUUCUGGUCCUUUCUCACCAUGCAUAAAAAAGGCAUUCGCUGAGCCUCCUCCAAAUGACAUAUGGACGCACUUUUCGUUAUUCAGAGGAAGAUGCCAGUCCACCGACCACUGCUCUGCAGCGUCUACAUCCGUUUGGAGGGCACUGGCAUUGGAACUCCAGGAUUUCAAUUCGUCCGCAAAAGGUAGACAUGGACUUACUCGAGUUUGUGUAGCAGCAGGACGUGGGACCCUAUCAAGGGUACCUGGAGACCGUCGCCUCCGAGGGGAACUAAUUCUUACUUACGCCCUGUUUGAACAAAGCUUGGCAAACAGGUUGUGGUGCAAACACCAAGACGUUCGCCGACGGUUGACACCUGUGCUAGAGAGUGCACAUGCCCUUUCCAUUAAGCGAUGCGGCCCCCUGCAAUACACCUGUCCUUUGUAUAUGAAGAUCUGUCCGUUUCAAGCGGUAAGAACGAUUCUUCAUGCAUUUUUCAGCUUGAUUCCCACUCCACCAACGGUGGCUUUCGGAUUACAACCUAUCGGAAAAAGCUGUGCCCUAACAAUCGUUCCCAAACCACCGCCGACAGAUUUUGACGGCCUUCGUAAAUAA